AUGCAUAACUAUCAGGCAGUGCUAGGAAAGGAAACUAACCCGUAUCAAUCACCUUCUACACUUGCGGCCGGGCUUCGGGGCGACCUGGACCAGACACAGAAGAGACACCCGGGCGGAUCGCGGGGGCCCGCGCGCCCCCCGGGCAGCCCCCCGACCCCGUGUGCGCCCCCGCCCGCGACCUCCGAGCGCCCUGACCGCCCCCUCCGGGCGGCCCCCAGUGUGCGCCCCGCGCCCCCUCCCGCGCCCCCGCCCGCGACCUCCGAGCGCUCUGACCCCCGGGCGGCCCCCCGUGUGCGCCCCGCGCCCCCUCCGCGCCCGCCGCGGCCUCCGAGCGCCCUGACCCCCGGGCGGCCCCCCGUGUGCGCCCCGCGCUCCCUCCUGCGCCCCCGCCCGCGGCUUCCGAGCGCCCUGACCCCCGGGCGGCCCCCCGUGUGCGCCCCGCGCUCCCUCCUGCGCCCCCGCCCGCGACCUCCGAGCGCUCUGACCCCCGGGCGGCCCCCCGUGUGCGCCCCGCGCCCCCUCCCGCGCCCCCGCCCGCGGCCUCCGAGCGCCCUGACCCCCGGGCGGCCCCCCCCCCCGCCCGCGGCCUCCGAGCGCCCUGACCCCCGGGCGGCCCCCCGUGUGCGCCCCGCGCUCCCUCCCGCGCCCCCGCCCGCGGCCUCCGAGCGCCCUGACCCCCGGGCGGCCCCCCGUGUGCGCCCCGCGCCCCCUCCCGCGCCCCCGCCCGCGGCCUCCGAGCGCCCUGACCCCCGGGCGGCCCCCCGUGUGCGCCCCGCGCUCCCUCCUGCGCCCCCGCCCGCGGCCUCCGAGCGCCCUGACCCCCGGGCGGCCCCCCGUGUGCGCCCCGCGCUCCCUCCUGCGCCCCCGCCCGCGACCUCCGAGCGCUCUGACCCCCGGGGGGGCCCCCUGUGUGCGCCCCGCGACCCUUCCUGCGCCCCCCGGGAAGCCCCCCGCGCCCCUGCCCACGACCUGCGAGCGCCCUGA